AUGUCUUCUAAUUUUUCUCAUUCUUCCACUUCUUCUUCUUCUUCUUCUUCUCUUUUGGUGUGGUGGAAAGAUUUGAUUUCUAUAGGCAAUUGUUCGGCGGAAGACCCGAUAGUGUCGAAUUGUAGGUUGGUGGUUGGAAAUGGAUAUAAUACUCCGUUUUGGGAAUCUUGUUGGGCGGACAAGUAUAGUUUAAAGGAGCGUUUUUCGAAGUUGUUUGAGUUAUCUAGUUUAGUUGGCGUUUCGGUGGCGAGUAUGGGUGGUUGGGUUCAUGGUGUGUGGAAGUGGGGGAAUUUAGGUGUGGACUUGGAUGAUGUUUUCGACCCUUUGGUGGUGGCCGAGAAUGAUUGUAUCCGAUUGUUGUUGUCGGGCCGUAUUGUUCACACGGAGGGGAGAGAUAAGGUUGAGUGGAGCGGUUCGGAUGGUGAUUCGUUUUCUGUUGCUUCUUGUUAUGAGUUUAUGGCCGGAUUAACCUAUCCUUUCGGCCCUCCGAAUAGACUCGAAGUUGUGAAGGAUUUAAUUUGGAAGGUGCAUGUGCCAUUUAAUAUUAAGGCUUUUGGUUGGAGAAUUUUUAUUAAUAGAUUACCAACCAAGGACUUAUUGAUGGGAAGGGGUAUUCUUUUGUCAAUAGAGAAUUCUUUGUGUGCUUUUUGUGGUUCCAUUCCGGAAAGUAGUGAUCAUUCUUUCUUCAAGUGUAAAGAGGCGGGAGAGGUUUGGAGAGAGAUAACGGUUUGGGUUGGAAAACCGUACGGUGGAAUGGAUGAAGAUUGCAAUCAAAGCUUUAUGGAUUGGUUCCUCUUUUGUAAAAAAAAGAAAGUUAAGGAAGGUAAAUGUGGGGUGUUAUGGUUAGCCAUUGUUUGGAUUUUUUGGUUAUCUAGAAACGGCUUUUGUUUCCGCAAUGAAGGUUGGAAUGUUGAUAAUACGGUGUGGAAUAUCAAGUCUUUGUUAUGGAAGUGGUCGUAUUUUGGAGAAAUUACGCACCUAAUAUAUAGUUUCUAUGAGUUUACUAAAGACCCUUUGUUUUUUCUCUCAUAG